UUAAAAUUAUUAACUUAUUCUUAAGUACGGUAUUUAUUUAAUAUAGAAAAAGACAAAAAGUCUUUUUUCCUAAUUCCUUUAAAAUUAGUCUUUUAAUAGUUCAACUGAAGUUAAUAAUUAUUUUUUAUGCGGUCAGUAACGGUUUUUACAGUAUCGAUCGAAUUUCGUCGUUUGUUUACAUUUGUUACCUGAGCAACUGAAUAACUUGUCAUCACUUGUUAUAAUUAUUUAGAUCACAAGAUCAUUUAGAUAACUAAGCUUUUCUGGAACAUUAACAUUUUUUACAAAAUUUUUGAUAUUAAAUAUUAUUGUUCAAUUGUUAAAUAUGGCGAAGUCCGUUACCACUUAUGAAAAACCGACAGCUCACAUUGGAUUACCUGAUUGGUAUGCAAAGCAAUGGGAACUUCAGAAAAGUGCUGAAAGUAGAAGAGAGGAGGCAUUUAAUUUAAGGAAUGCGGGCAGAACAAUUCGAUCAGAAACUCAAAUAAAAACAGAGUGGGACACUCGGCUAAACACUGUCAGAUUAUCCGACAGAGUAACAGAACUGGCACGCUGGGAGAAAAUAUUUCAAAAAUUGCUCGAACAGACAGAAAGGGAAAUUUGUCUUUUGAAGGAUGAAAAAGCAGACGCCGAGAAAGAACUGGAAUUCAUUAAUUUACCACUGCAAAUAACUUCUCAAUGCAUAUCGAUGCGGGAUUGUCGAAGAAGCACUGAAUUAACCUACGACGAUGGCGACACAGAAUUAAAAAACGAACUCUGCAUUCUAGAAGGAGCAAAGAAAACACUAACGAACAAGAUACAAGCAGCUUGGGAAAGAUUGAAUCGUUUGGAAAAAGUGAAAUUCACUCUCAAUUUGGAAUUGCAGGAUAAACACGAAGCACUUGAAAUUGAUCGAACAAAUACAUCUUUAAGUAAAACAUGUGCUAAUAUCAGUUACAAACCAAAUGCACUGAGAAUGACAAAAGAAAUGGUUUCUUAUGAAAAUUGGCUACAACACUGUCAGCAUGUGAAACUUUUGGCUGACAACGAAUUACAAGAUAUGUACAAUUUUCGAGAAUCUAUUCAAGAUGCAAGAGAUAGAACAAGAAAUGAUAUUAGAGCUCAACAAGAUAUGACUGAUUUCACAUUGAGAAAAAGAAUUUAUCAAACACAAAAAUCGAGAAAUGAACUCGAUUGGCAGAAAUUAAAAAUGCAGAGAGAAAUGGAAAAAUUACAGAAAGAAAUAACACUCCUAGAUGAUGCGAUUUUUGCAAAAAUAGAUGCUGUUAAAUGUGCUGAGACAAGAUUAGAAAAUCGAACCUGUCGCCCUGGUUUUGAAUUGUGUCGCGAUCAAAGUCAGGAUGGACUAAAGCACGAAGUACUACAAUUACGACAAACUAAACAAAAUUUAAUUAACGAACUAAAUAGUGCUAAAGCCACCUACAACAAUUUAGAAACAUUACUGAAUCGAAUAAGCAAAAAUUUAGAAGACAAACAACAUUCACUAAUGACUGACAUAAUGUGCCUGGAUAAUCGUUCUUCCCUAAAAAUUGGCGAUCGAGCACGACUAACUAAUGAAACAGAUCGAAAUAUCAUUUUAACACACAUGAACAAGGAGAUUCCUCUGGAAAAUUAA